CGAGCCGCCGCCUUCAUCUCCAGGCUCGGAGGCGCGCGGCAGAGCGCGGGAGGAAAGGCUCCGCUCCGACAGGACCAACCAGGUGAGCUGCCGCGAUGACGCAGCCGCACGCGCCCAGGUGCAGCAGGCAGCGCGAGGCUCCAGUUGCGGAAAUGACAGGAGGAAAGUUCCGCGUUCCUUCAGAGCAGGGAGAGAGCCGCCGGACGAGGACGGAGGAAGGGGGACAGCUGGCUCAGGGGGGGGGACAGCGCUCUGACGUCAUGGGGAACUCUGGGAGCCUGGAGCUGCUCAGGAGGGGCUCCAGGAGGGGCUCCAGGAGCCGCAGAGAUGUUCCACAGAUCACAGUGAUCCAGGCGUCACCGCUCCCUCAGGACGGGAGCGUCUUCGUCCUGCCUGGACCUGAGGAGCCGCAGGGCCCUGAGGUGGAACCUGAGGGCCCCCAGGGCCCGGUGGAACCACAGGAACCUGAGGGCCCGGCGGAGGCGGAACCAGGGGGUUCUCAGCAGAGCCUCCUGUCCACAGAGGACCAGGAGGACGCGUCCAGCAGCGAGGGCGGCUGCAGUCCCAGGGCCAGCCGGGAGCACUUCCUCCAGGUGAUGAUGAGGCGUUCUCCCGACGUCAGGAGGAGCCUGGUGCUCCGUUCCGCCGCCGCCGGCGAGGCCCCCAGGACAGACUUGGACUCACAGGACGAGGAACGGCUGGCGGUGACCCUUGACCCCCUGGAGCACGAGUGGAUGCUGUGCGCCUCCGACGGGGAGUGGGCCGGCCUGCAGCGCCUGCUGGCCGCCGAGCCGGGCCUGCUUCUGAAGAAGGACUUUGUGAGCGGCUUCACCUGCCUGCACUGGGCCGCCAAGCACAACAACCCCGAGAUGAUGGCGCUCAUCGUCAACUUCGCCAAGCAGCACCGGCUGCCCCUCGCCGUGGACGUCCGCUCCAACAUGGGCUACACGCCGCUGCACCUGGCCGCCAUCCACCGCCACAUGGAGGUGGUGAAGCUCCUGGUGGGGGCCUACGGCGCCGACGUGGACGCCAGGGACUACAACGGCAGGAAGGCCUGCCAGUACCUCACCCACGACGCCGGCGCCGACAUCCGGGACAUCGUAGGAGAUUACGAGCUCUCCGUGUCUGAGGGGGCGGAGCCUACAGAGGGAGGCCGCUGGAGGUUCUCCAAAGCCCUCCAGAACAUCGACGGCGAGGCCGCGGGCGCCGAGGGCCGCCUCCGGGUCAAACCGCUGCGCAGGAGGUCCUCGCUGAGCCGCAUGAAGCCCAACCUGCAGAAGAUCCGCCUGAGGGCGUCCCAGAUCGUCCACAGGGCCUCCUUCAGGGACCCGGACGCACCCCAGGGGAGGCCCCCCAGGCCCAAAACACACUUCUUAGGCUGAGCCCCCGGCGCUGCACACUGCCGCUCAGCUGGCUGAAACACAGGGAGCAGCAGACUCUGAUGGAGGCUUCUGGCUUUCUGUUUCCUAGAGACCGGCUAGCUAAGGGGGGGUUCUGGUUCUGUUUGGACCCGUCACCCGCGGCGCUCCGGUUCUCCCAUCUCAGCAUGAAGCAACAGGAAUCCGUGGCAUGCUGCUUCAUGCUCGGCGCCGCACACAUUCCCCACAAUCAGACGCUCACCUGGAACUUUCCACCGCCAACACCCAGCCUCCAGAACCAAGCAGAACCUCCUCUAACAGAACCAUCAACCCAAGGGCGUAGGUUUGAUCUGAACUCUGGUAGGGACACUAUUGGCCGGGUGUCAUUGGUGCUAUGCCAUAUGCCCUUUUUUAUGCUGGAUGUGAGCAUCCGGACUGAUUAGAGGAAUUCAUUGU